AUGGCAUACACCUCCCGCAUCCAAGUAAUCCCACUAGGAGCAGGCCAAGACGUCGGACGCUCCUGCAUUCUAGCACGCAUUGGACCAGUAAACAUCAUGCUAGACUGUGGACAGCACAUGGGAUAUACCGAUCAUCGCCGAUUCCCUGAUUUCCAUUACCUGAAGUCAGAUCUAUCAGCACCUGGCACAUUAAACAAACUAAUUGACGUCGUGCUGAUUUCACAUGCACAUCUGGAUCAUUGUGGAGCAUUGCCGUAUCUGACUGAAGUUAUUGGAUAUGAUGGCCCGCUUAUUAUGACGCCACCAACGCGGGACAUGCUGCCUAUUAUGUUGGAGGAUGCGAGGAAGGUUGCUGUGGAUAGGAGGGGAGAGGUUAAUUAUUUUUCUGCUGAGAAUAUUAGGAGCUGUUUGAGUAAGGUCACCACCAUUGAACAAGAUGAGACUAUUCGACUUCCUGGUCCAACUGCAGAUUCGGAUAUUGAAAUUACGUGCUACUACGCAGGCCACAUAUUAGGUGCAGCCAUGUUUAGAAUCAAGUACGGCAUGCAAUCUCUCGUAUACACAGGAGACUUCAACACAACCCCAGAUCGCCACUUGGGUGAAGCACGGAUCGACAAGUGCAGACCAGACGUCCUCAUCACCGAAUCAACCUACGCAACCCUCAUCCGUGACUCUCGUCUUGUCCGAGAACGCAUGUUUUUGCAAGACGUAUACACCCAAACGAUCGAAAAGAAGGGCAAAGUCUUGAUUCCAGUCUUUGCGUUAGGCAGAUCACAAGAAUUGUGUAUCCUGCUCGAAGGAUUUUGGAAGCGUAAGAAUAUUCAGGUACCGAUAUAUUUCUCGGGUGGACUGACUGAAAAGUCGCUCGAGUUUUAUAAAAUGUAUAUAUCGUGGACGAAUGAGUCGUUGAGGAAUCAGUUGGGGCAGGAGAAUGUGAAUGCCUUUGAUUUCAAGUUUAUAAAGCCGUGGAAGCCAGAAUAUAUUAAUAAUCCGGGACCUGCUGUGUUGUUUGCUACGCCGGGAAUGUUGUCUGCUGGAACUAGUCUUGAAGUAUUGAGAGCAUGGGCAGGAGACGCCAACAACAUGAUUAUAAUCCCAGGUUUCCAAUCAGCAGGCAGCGUAGGAGCCAAACUCCUAGCCAACCAACCCGAAAUAUACACACCCGAUAAUCCAGAACCAAUACGUCCCAAACUUGCCAUCCGCAACCUCUCCUUCUCCGCACACGCAGACGCAAAGGGCAUCCUCUCCUUAAUCGAGAAAUGUGCACCAUCAAAUGUAGUGCUUGUACAUGGAGAAGCCAACAAGAUGGUGAAACUAAAGGCCCAGAUUGAAGAUGCGCCAUUACGAAUACCGUGCUUUAUGCCUGCUAAUGGCGAGCCGGUUGAUUUCUAUACGAGACAUCGGGCACCUGCGUAUGUGAGUAGAGAGCAACUUGAUAAAGCCAGGGAGGCGUUUAGGCCCAAGAAUGUUGUUGGGGUUAAUGGGAAGGUGAAUGUUGCAUUGUUGAAGCCUUUGACGCAUCAGGAGUUGGAGGAGCUUGUGUUGGGGGAGUUGUGUGAGGAUUGUCAGCUUGUUGUUAUAGAUGAGGAGAAUAAAUAG